CGAGGCGCAUAGUAUAUAUAAACAAAGUUGGAGUUAUUUUGAUCGACGUUCAGAACCUGUUUGUGAACUCCGACGAUCACGAAUGGUUCCAACUCAUUCCGGUAUGGCCAUGGUUGAGGGAAGCAUGCCUGUUGAGAACGGGAAUGUGUUGUGUUGUGGAUAUACGUAAAAAUCAACAGGUGGUCUAGAUCUGUGUGUUUCCUUUCUCGUGAUGUGUACCCAUACUUAGUACAUGUGUACCCAUGGAAUUCCGAAAUCAAGCAUUUAACAACAGAGCGGUGCCCUGUACACCAUGGGUAAGAAGACCUGGAGGUGCAGUCUGGUAUGUCUGUCUCUGGGACUGCUGUCAGUCAUUGUCGGAAUCGUUAUGAUACCGCUACUGAGGAUAUACAUACAAAACAUGAUAGCAAAGGAAGUUACCCUGGAAGAGGGGACGUUUGUAUACAGAGCAUGGAAGGAACCGCCUUUUCCAAUAUAUUUUGAGUUUUAUUUCUUUGAUGUAAUGAAUCCAGAGGAAGUAUCUAAAAUGAAUAAGAAAAUAGCUGUCAUCCAAAGGGGACCAUACACAUACAGACUAAUUUCGAUAAAAGAUAACGUCACUUUCAACGCAAACGGCACAGUGUCCUAUCGUGAACCUGAUACGUAUGUGUUUGACCGGUCAAGGUCAGUGGGGCCAGAGUCCGACACAUUUACAACGGUCAACAUAAUUUUACUGACAAUGUUCAAUACGAUCCGGUUUGAGUAUGAAUUUAUCAAGGUGAUGACAGAGUUGUUGGCAGAUUCUGUAGAUGACAAUAAACUUUUCAUUCGUCUUUCUGUCCAUGACCUGCUUUGGGGUUAUAACGACACUAUCCUACACAAGGUCAACGAAGUUUUGCACGAGCUGGACAUUCCGUUUGAUGACCAAUUCGGCUUUUUCUAUAAGUUAAAUAACACAGACGACGGAGUCUGGACUGUAGAUUCUGGCAAACGGGGUAUAGCAAGUAAUUUCGACAUUCGGUUUUGGAACGGUAUUAGCAAGUUGAACUACUGGAGCACAAACGAGAGUAACAUGAUAAACGGUACUGAUGGUAACCUUUUUCAUCCAUUCAUUAAGAAAACCGAUCACCCACCAUUCUUUUUUUCGGAGCUUUGCAGGUCUAUGACGGUGGAUUUCCAGAGAGAAUCGACAGUGCGGGGUAUAGAUACGUACAGGUUCGCGCAUCCUCGUGAUAUAUUCGACAGCCCCGAACACAACCCUGCCAACGCAGGCUUCUGUACACCUAGAGACAGCUGCCUCCCUAGUGGACUGUACAACAUCAGCGUCUGUAGGAAAGGCUCCCCUUUUUCGGUAUCCAUGCCCCAUUUCCUCUAUGCAGACGAAAAUGUAAUAAAAGGAGUGGAUGGAAUGAGUCCUGACGUGUCCCUCCACGAAACCUAUAUGGAUGUAAUGCAAAAUAUUGGAUGUGUUUUAAGGACAGAAAGGAAGUACCAAAUUAAUAUCCUUAUAAGAAACAAUCCAUCUUUUGAAAUUGUGAAGAGCAUACCUGACGUUUACUUUCCAGUAUUUUGGUUUAACGAGAGUACAAUGAUUACAGAUGACUGGACGGACUUCAUCAAAUCAUCUUAUCAAACACCCGUAAAUAUUGCGUCCGAUAUACCUUACGUAUCAAUAGCAAUCGGGGUAUUGGUCACUCUCAUCAGCUCUAUCUCUGUAUACAGACAAAGACGGAAGUCAAAGGUCAAGAUACACGAGAAUCAAGAUGUAUCCCCGUCUGAAAAUACAUCACUGUUAACAAAUUAACACUUACAAGUAACUGAACGCCAAACAAAGUUAUUAGCGAUAUGGAAAUCCACCAUUGUCACAAUUCCCAUGUGAUUUCAUACAAUGUGCAUCACCCCCAUUGUAUACAGUACAAACAUGUGUAUUCCUUGAUAUUGUCAUUACUGUAUUUAUAACUGUUUACGUUUUGUUUGUUUAAGAAAUAAAACCUUAAUUCAUAAAAAUAA